AUGUCAUCCUGGCUGUUGUUCUCGCUCUACUUGGCCCGCUCGCUUGACUUUUACACCCUUGUUCAGCUUGUCAAUUUUGCUUUGCUUGUCAUUCUCACUUUGCUUUUCGUUCUCGUCUUGCUUUCUGCGAAUCAUUCUGGUCUCUUGGGCCCUUCACGCGUGACAACAUCGUUCCAAUGUAUUUGCUGUUAUUCGCCUUCGCGUAAGCGCAACUCAUCAUGUGCUUCUCCACACCAAUUCGCCCCACGUUCACGACGAGCUGCCUGA